AUGUCAACGUCAGCAACGACGUCAACUCACUCAUUAGAGGAUUAUAACAAUACUAGUAGUGGUAGUUUGAAUGGACAACAGCAACAACAACAAUCAAAGAAUAUAAGAAGAAAGAUUGGUGACUUCUUGAACUCAUUCUUUAAACGAAGACCAUCACCAGAUGAACUACGCGAUAGGAAUAUAUUGAUGCCACCUGGCACUCCAUCACAUAGUAGGAAGAAUAGUACUACGAGUUCAAGGGGCAAGAAGAGUACAGGUGAUUUAUCAAUGAAUGAUCAAUCUCAACCAAAGAGAUCGGCAUGGGAAUACUUGAGAAACUUGGACUUUACAUUCUCCAAGUUCACCUUUGGCAAGACAGUCGUACAUCGUCUCAAGUUUCCACAGUUUGGUCUAUCACCCAGCGAGCUACAAGACCUCUAUCCAGACCAACCAGAUGGCAUCCCACUCGUACUAACCAAGGGUAUUGAGUACCUAAUGAAUCACUUGGACACUGAAGGCUUGUUCAGAGUACCAGGCAGCAACAAGGAGAUAAGCUUACUCAAGUUUAGAAUAGAAGAUGGUGAUCUGGACUUUAGUGCCGUACUCAAUCCAUAUUGUAUAUGUGGUCUAAUAUCAUCAUUCUUCAAGGAGUUACCAGAUCCACUCAUUCCAUGCGACAACUAUAAAGAGGCAAUGAAUUGUGUUAAGGACAACAACCUUGAGAGGAUUGCAAGUAGUUUGGCACGACUUGUAUUGAAUGUACCUCCAUCACAUUUAUGUAUAUUGCGCAAGUUUAUGGAGUUCUUGUCGGUGAUUGAGCGUAAUAAGCAUCGAAACAAGAUGACUUCGGAGAACCUUGGAAUCAUCUUUGGACCAACUCUGAUGCGCGAUCCAGACUUUACAGACAUUGGCAGCGGUCUGGCUAAUCUGAAGAAUCAAUCAUUGGUCGUCAAGUAUAUGGUGGAGCUGUUUGAUCCUAUUUUCAAGAGCAAGGAGGUCAAGAGUGCCUACAGGAAGUCGAUGAAGAUCCUGCCGCCAGUGGACUCGUCCUCAAUCGAAUACCUGGAUCCAGCAUCAGUCGACACCAAGCGUGAUUCAGGACAGGUGCACGUCAUUGCCAAUGGAACACAGACACAACGACCUCGUCCACCACCUCGUCGCACUGGCACAAUCCUGCUCAGUCCUCGACGUGAUGACAACACAACCGUCUUCACAAUGCCCAACCAUGCGACAAUGCCUCGGCCAGUUUCGAGGAUAUUCAAUCCAGAGGUGCUAGAGUCGCCGCCUAGGCCGCCCAAGCCACCCUCAAGAAAGCCAUUGCCAGUUGGACGUGCCAACCUCCCCAAGUCACCUCCUCCUUCUGCCAAAUACUUGACACUACCAAGCAGGCGUAUUAGUAAUCUUAACGAUGACGAGCUGAGCGCAUUACAAACCACGACUACAACGACUACAACGUCAUCAUCGGCAGCGACAUCAACACACACCAAACCUCCUCUUCCACCUAGCUCAUCAUCAACCACAGCAACAUCAUCAACACAUUCACAUGGCACAUUAAGGAACAAACCAAUAGUGCCCAAGCCUUCACCUCUACCAUCUCCAUCUCCUUCGCCAACUGUAAAUAGAAACGCCAACAACACUCACGUCCAGGUGCACAUGACCUCAUCAUUCGACAGGCCUCCAAACAAACCUCCACCCACACCAAACGAACUCAAGUCCAAGACAACACCGAUUCCUCCACCAAGGACAGGAGCAGCCGAGCCACCUCCUCCACAACCAACACCACCAACAACAAAGAAGAGAGUACAGUUUGAGGAGCAUGCGACAGAUGUCUUGGUGCCACCUACGAAGAGUGGCGUCAACACUCAACCAUCACAACAACAACAACCUCCAAGAUCAUCCACACUUCCUCGAUCAUUCUCCAAACAGGUUGUAGUGGCUCCUCCUAAACCUCUGCCCAAGACACCAGGAUUCUUUGAUCCACCAGUCACGACCCAAUCACCCUCACCAUCGCCAACCCCACCAGCUCCAGCACCUUUCAGCGCAAAGACUUUGACGCCAGGCAAGGCACCGCCCCCAAAGUCACACUCAUUCAUUGCUAGCAGUAGCAUCAUUAAGGACGACCCGACAAAGACAAUGCCAAAAUCAUCAAAGUCGGCAUCAGCAUUGAGUCUCUCUGGUGGAUAUGUACCUCCUCCUCGAGUAGCUCAAGAUGAGCCAUCAUCAUCAUCUACCCCAAUCAACAACCAGCUUCAAUUCCGUAUGCUCCAGCCAUUGAGGGUAUCUCCAGAUGUCAAACACACAACAACGCCACUGCCUCAGACCAAACAGCAACUCAAGUCAGCUCCACAGCGUGGCUAA